GGAAAUUAGUGGUAUGUCUUUCUAGCAAGAGUUGUCUAACUUACUUGAACAAGGACCCUCUAAUGAGAUGAGCUAGCUGUCAUGUCAAGGUAACCGAGUUUCAGUCAACUGCAUGAAGAAACACAUAGUACAGAGAAUAUUAAAGAAGCUACUGAAUGUCACAGUGAAUUUUCAUUGCAGUUCAAACAAGAUGGAGGACAGUGCUGUGACAACAAGCUCCAUAUUAAAUGACUCUCAACUUUCCCAGUUAUCACAGAUCACUGAAGCUGGAUCUUUAGAGAAGUCAGCUGAGAACAAAUUUCUUGACCACGAGUGGGGAACAAAUUUAUUGAAAGGAUUUUCAAAACUGUAUAAGGACCAAGAGUUUGUUGACAUUACACUUGUUGUCGAUGGAAGGGAAUUUUUCUGUCAUAAAAAUGUUUUGGCAAUAUCAAGUCCGUUUUUCAUGGCUUUGUUUUCGACGUCCAUGUCUGAAAGCCAGAAAGAAAAGAUAACUCUGAAAGAGAUUGACAGCUUGACAAUGGAGCUUGUACUAGACUAUAUUUAUACAGGAGAGGUUUGUAUGACUGAAGAAACUGUCCAAGACUUACUGUCUGCUGCAAACAGGUUUCAGUUGCUUCCUUUACGGGCAGGAUGUGCUGAUUUUAUGCGGCGUCACAUAACAGUCUCCAACUGCAUUGGUGUGUAUUUUUUCGCGAAAGCUCAUGAGUGCACCGGAUUGGCUGCAAAGGCCAAAGAAAUUAUAAACAAACAAUUUUCAGUAUUAUGCCAAAAUCAAGAAUUUCUAGCAUUGCCGGCAGAUAAAUUGAUAGAAAUUACAAGUGAUGAUAAUAUUGAGGUUGCCCAGGAAGAGAUCAUGUAUGAGGCAUGUUUAAAUUGGGUCAAAAAUAACUUAACAGAACGGAAAAAGCACUUAGGAGACGUGAUGGACUGUGUUCGAUUUGCUAACAUAAAUUCUUACUAUUUCUGUGACAGGAUAGACUGUAACACAAUGUUGAAGGAGUGCGAAACCUUAAACGAAACGCUUGACAAUGUUAAGUACUAUCACAUGCUUAGGGAUAGGCAUCAGGAAAUGGACCUGAAUUUGAUGCCUCGGAAAGGAAUGCAGUAUGAAAGAGGGGUCAUGAUCAUUGCCAACCCUUACACCGAGGAUUCUCUAAAAAAGUAUAACAGUAUUGAAGUUUUGCUACCAAAAACAGGGGAGGUUGUCUUUCUUUGUAAACUGCCUCAAAGUCUGUAUACUCCAGGCUGUGCCAUCACUGGAGACAAUCAGAUCUACCUUGCUGGGGGUUCAAUACGUAAGAUAAAUUACCGGGGCUCGAUAACGACCGAAGGGGUUUCAAAUCUGUUCUACAUAUACGACCAGUCGUCAGCGUCAUGGAUACAAAAGAUGAGAAUGAAUGUAUCCAGGUCAAUGUUUAACUUAACCAUUGUUGAUGGGUUUGCAUAUGCUAUAGGUGGAAUGGAUGGGACAGAAACAUUAAGCACUGUAGAAAAAUAUGAUCCAAGGGCCAAUACGUGGACGCUUGUUGCCCCUCUUCCACAGCCAUUAAGGUUUACAACAUCUGUUAGUUUAAAAGGGAAGUUGUUUGUGUUUGGUGGGGAGGGAGUCACAGAUGUAGUCAGUACAGCUUACAGGUAUGACCCAGUAGAAGACAGCUGGACAGAGUUAACUCCCAUGUCUGUUGCUAGGGUGUUGGCAGGAAGUGUUGUGCAUCAUGGGAAGAUUUAUGUUAUAGGUGGAAACGGGCAGAUAAGUGAUAAAUGGAAGAGAGAAUUCUUGCCAGAGUUCUGUGUAAGCUCUGUCGAAAUUUAUGAUGUAGACAGCAACUCAUGGUCGGCUGGUCCGGAACUACCUAACGCCCUCUGUGGAGCAGGGGUGGUUAAAUAUGGGGGAACUAUAUUGAUAGUGGGUGGAGAAGAUGAUAAAAGCUGGAUGGCGGGGUUAUGUUGGUUAAAGGAGGAGAAAGGGAGACAAAUGUGGGUGGAAGGACAAGAGUUACCUACAGUUAUGAGCACAUUCGGUUGUGCUGUAGCAAAUAUACAAAGAGACACUCUCAGACAACAGUGUUAGCUGUGCUGAUGAUAAAACCAGCUUAGAUUUUUAAGCUAUAUAGUUUAUAUACUGUACUGUACU